GAUGGGCCAUCAUCUGCUAGAGAGAUCUGUCGAAUCAGAUUUCAAAAAAUGUUAAGAAUUAAAAAAGUUAUUAAAAAAGCGAAAUUUGCUUCGCGUUUUAUUCCAAAUUCGCCCUUAUCAACUCUAAAAUUUUAGUUUCUACUAGGACAACUUAAAAUUUCAGAUUGUAGUUGGGCAUACUGGACUUUCACCUUUCUUUCUGUGUUUAGAUAGUCUUCGACUAUCGAACGAAUUAUGCUUGUUGUGUGCAUUUGAACAUAUCACCCGACUAAUUCAUCAUAAAGAAAUUCAAAACAAAAUCAACAUGGUUACUUCAACGACCACAACAACAUCGUCAUCAUAUUCUUUAUUACCGGUUACACCUACGACAAUUAUUAACAACAUUCAAGAAAUAUCACCAUCACUCCGUCCAUCUCAUCAAGAAGAUUCAGCUGAAUUCCUCAGUGGCUUGAUAGAUAAAAUGAUUAUUCACUAUCUACAUUCUCUGCAUCCACGUCAAUGUCUACUACCAUCUGCUGGAACUGAAUAUCAACAUCUUUGUCACAACCAAACUCCAAUUCAUUCAAUAUUAAGCCUUCUAUUACAAUCUCGAGUUACAUGUUUGAAAUGCAAUAAAAUAAUCGACAACUAUGAAUCAAAUUUUCUCUGGCCAAUUAACAUCCAAAACGUCAUUAAUCAAAGAAUAAUAAAUCAUUAUUAUAUUCAACAAUCAUUAAAGAAUUUCGUAACGCCUGAAAUAAUGGAAGAUGAUAAUUUAUAUCAAUCUGAAAAUUGUCAUUUAGCGAUAGCUAGAAAACGUUAUACAAUACACCAAUAACCCAAUAUUUUAUUAUUACAACUGAAAAGGUUUCAAUAUGGUUGUGCAUCUCAAAAAUUAGUUCAUCUAGUUCAAUAUCCACAAUUUUUAAAUAUUAUGAUUAUCUUAGUGAAGAAACUCAACAAACAACGUCCAUCAACCACUGUUAUUAUCGUUUAUUUUGUAUCCUGAUACAUGCUGGAAGUACAGCUGAGAGUGGGCAUUAUUAUUCAUUUGUUCACGCUCCAAACAUACUAUGGUACCGAGCAGACGACUCUCCAAUGAUCAACGUUGAUUUAUCACAAGUAUUGAACCAUCCUGUGCUACGUUAAACAUGGAACAUCGCCACCAACCACAGCCAUAUCCAACACAUCACAAGGAUAUUCACAAAUUAAUCCAGAAAAAAGUUAGUUAAUCAUUCAGUAGUUUCACGUAAUCAUAGAAUGAAAUACGUUUAUUCGUUGAUGAAUAUUAUUUACCGCUAUUGAGCGAAGAGCAGGAAAAUUAUUUGAUUAUCAUGCUAAUCUAAACUAAACUUUUUACAGAAAACUUCAUAGCCUAUAAGCCUAUUAUUUAUUUCGACUUCGUCUUAGCGAUUAUUUAUGCGAUUUUUAAUGUUCUUUCUUCUUGCUUCUAUUUAGAUCAUCUUGUCUGCAUCAAUCCAUAUGAUCCUAUUAAUUAUAAUAUACACCUGGUUAAGAACUACAGCGGUUAUUUCGAUAAACAACAACAGCAGAAGAAUAUUGAGAACGAUAAAGAAGAAAAUAGAAAUAAAAAUGAUAUUGGUAAAACUAGUGGAGGUCAAGGCAUUGCAGGUGGGUCAAAAUCAACCAUAACAAUAACAAAGAAUAAUGAGAAAGAUAAAGAUUUGGAAGAAACAACUCGUCUUUGUUCCAUCUAUGAUGAAGAAGCUGAACUUAAUAGUUUACCGUCACAAUUCAAGAAAGAAUUACAACACAUUUUCGAUGCAGUACAUCAACAAGAUUUUCAUGUAAUUAAAAACGAACAUUUGAAACAACAUGAUUCAAAUUUGAAAUUAAAUUAUCUGCUAAAGAAUGUAUUGCCAACUUGUAAUUUAUCAAGACAUAAAGUUCAAUCAACUGAAAAAAUCAUAUUAGAUAAAAACAUUCAACAAAGUACGGCGAACAGUGAAAGGCGCAUGGAAAUUGUUAAGAAGAUGGAGCUAGAAAAAUUGAGAAAGCAAGUAAAUAGUCAACAAUUAUCCAAUGGUGAGAAAACGGACACAUUAAUCUUGUUAAUCGCAUUAACUGCACGAAACAAGUGUGAUGUACUUAAUGAGCAUAAUGAAUAUGAUUAUGUUUUAUCGUAA